AUGUCGUCCACUCGGCCCGCAUCCCACCAAGAUGGGUCCAACUCAUCGCAGCAGAGAUUGGGUGACGACAUGGCCGCGAGGAACAUGAGGCCAAGCAUCGAAAUUCCCAUCGCGCCGUCCAUCAACGCCUCCACCACCCGGUCAAGUUUCGCCAGUUCGGCCAGUAGCGAUGGUGGGCCGGCGACGAAUACGGCCAGUAGGACGACAGUCGCAUCUACUGCUGCAGUCAUACCAAAAAUCGAGCAGCCGUCAUGGCUCAAGAAAAUCAUGACAAAGCUGGGGCUGGAUGUGCAGACCCUGAAGCUCAUGUUCAAAGGCUCACUUCCGCCCGUCAUAGCUACUGCCAUGAUUCUAUCUCCAGCCGUAUCAUCUUACUUCACCACCAUCGGCUACGAAGUUGCCGUGGUCAGCGUCCUUGCCCUCGUAGUCCUCCCACGAGGCAAAUUCCUCCAGACGCUGAUGCUCAACAUCGCCGCCGUCUUCCUCGGUGGCGCUCUAGGCAUGCUGGUUCUCUGGUGCGGCAUCCAGGCCCGUCUGCACACCAUGGCAGACCCUCUGACCCCGAUCAACCCCUUGCCCUCGGACGAUCCCAUGCCGUCCAUGUCCAGGACGCGUCCAGCCAGGCUGCCAUACAGCAGCUCGCAGUCGGCUGUCUGCGGCGUCCUGCUCUUCUUCAACACCUGGUUCAUCAACGUCGCCCGCGCCAAGAUCCCGUCCUUCAACACCCCGACCAUCCUGUUCUCGAUCCUUGUCAAUAUCGCCGCCAUGCAGGGCCCGCUGCUUGGCGACAUUCGUCAGGCCUGGCUGUUGAUUGAGCGCCUGGCCGCCGCCAUGCUGACGGCCCUGGCCCUCGGGACCUGCGUCUCGCUCCUCGUGUUCCCCGUCACCAGCCGCGGUGGGAUUUUGAAACAGUUCGGCAGCGGCAUCGGGCUUCUGAGAAAGGCGGUUCGGCUGCAGGGCGAAUACCUCCACGGACUCGAGGGGGAGGACAUGUUUGCGCUGCGGCUGGUCGAGACGAGUGUGGCGGGCGGCGGGGGAGGACAUAAAGUCGAGGUGGACAAAGACAAAAAGAAGAAGAAAAAGCGAGACAAACUCAAAGACGACGAGUUUGAUGACGAUGACAGGCCCCUCACCAAAGAAGAGGAGACGGCGUUGGAGCUGAAGCGCACCAUUGUCGAGCUCCGAAAUCUAGCCGGAAAGAUACAGGGCGAUAUGGGCUUUGCGAAGCGUGAGGUUGCAUGGGGGAAAUUGGACGCGCACAACCUUGGCGAGAUUUAUAAGCUGUUCCGAGCAAUGUUCAUCCCGAUCAUGGGCAUGGCGACCGUCAUGGAUAUAUUCAGGCGUACGGCCAAGGAGCGGGGCUGGACGGACAGUGAGCUUGAGGGUGCCUCAGCUGAACUCCUGUCCGAAAAGAACGAAGAGAGAAAUGUGUGGAACGGACUGAUGAAGCGACUACACGAGCCGUUUUCGAUCCUGUCCGAGGCUAUCGACGAAGGAUUGGAGCACGCGGCAGUGCAACUCGGGAUACUGCCCAGGCCCAAGGACUCGGGCCGGGCGAGGAUACAGAGGCUGCAGGCAGUGGUAACUGGUUCAUCCGGGAGAUCACAAAGACUCUCCGACCACGACGUUGAGGCGCAGAGUCAACGCAGGCCAAGUAUUCCCGGAGAGUCGGAUUUUGGCCGGACUCUUGAGGAGAAGAUUCAGAAGUUUUAUAAAUGCAAGGGUGAGACUUUGCGAUACUGGGCAAAUGAGAAUGGGUUGUCGUAUGAGCAGGCAAAGGAUGCCAAUACUUGGGAUCUUGGAAGUCCCGCGACGAGAGCGCGGAGGCAGAAUCAGCUUUACAUCCUUCUUUACAUGGAGCAGCUGAUGCUGGCCACAGGCGAGGCAGUACACGACUUUGUGCAGUUUGCCGACGCCCGCGUGGCAGACGGUACAAUGUCGUCCUCCCGGCUCCUCUACCCGGGUCUCCGCAGCACGCGCAAGUGGAUAUCCAACAUGUUCAGCUACGGUCCGGACUCGGGCAGCGGCGAGCAGCCGACAACUACCAACGUCAUAGAUCGCAGCGCGUCAAAGAGCAUUACCGUCCACCUAGGAGAGGGCUACAGUCGCACCAAGAGGGAUCCGGAGCACCUCCCGCCCACCACCUUCGUGGAACGCAUGGGGGAUCGUGUCAGGGCACUCGGCAACCUACUAUCGUCCGAUGCGAGCCACUUUGGGUUGCGGGUUUCGUGCGCCACCAUGACGAUUGCCAUUGUAGGGCUGUUGGAGCGCACACAGUGGUUCUUUCAGGAGCAGAGGCUUGUUUGGGCCAUGAUUAUCGUUUCCAUGAGCAUGACGCAGACAUCCGGUCAAUCCGUAUUCGGCUUCUUCUGCCGUAUCAUCGGCAGCCUUAUCGCUAUGGCCUGCUCCCUGCUGGCGUGGUACAUUGCUGACGCGAAAACACCUGGAGUUAUCGUCUUGAUGUGGCUCUUCAUAUUUGUGGAAUAUUACUUUUUCAUCAAAUACCCACAGAUCAUUCCUGCCGUUAUCGUUUGCGUCAUCUCGGAGGUGCUUAUUGUCGGAUACGAAUUUCAGGUUCAAGUCAUUGGUUUGGAGGCCAGCGAGAGGAUGGGCCAGCCAUACUAUCCGACGUUCCUGAUAGCACCGUACCGCGUCGCCACAGUUGCCGCGGGCUGCCUAGUCGCCUUCUUCUGGACCAUCUUCCCCUCGCCCUUCACAGACCGUACCUGGCUGCGCCGGGACCUCAGCGCGACGCUGUACCUACUAGCAAACUACUUCAGCGCCAUAUCCCAGACCGUCAGGCUGCAGCUGGCCGAAGAAGACGAGGUCGUCAGGGCGCCAGCGGACCCCCACAGCGACAAGCAGACGCCGGCGCACCACCUCGCCCGCGUCCGGCACAAGAUCUUUGGCAAGUUGAUGGUCCUCCUCCCCAGCCUCGGGACGCACGCGCGCUGGCAGCGAUGGGAGCCGUCCAUAGGCGGGCGCUUCCCCGAGGAGGUCUACGAGGAGAUCAUACUGCGGUCCAGCCGGAUCCUCAACUACCUGACGCUCAUGUCGUACACAGCGACGCGAUCGCCACAAACCUUCACCUCGCAGCAGGACCUCGACGACGAAGUGGCCGCCGAGUGGACCCGCACGCUGCGCAGGCUCCUGGACGAGGUGCAGCCGGCGCACUACAGCAUCGUCUCGACCCUCGCCCUGCUCUCCAACUCGCUGCUGUCGGGCCAGGCGUUGCCGCCGUUUGUGCACAUGCCACCGUUGUACGGCGCCGUGACGCUGGCGGACGGGGCACAGGGCAGGACCAGCAGCUUCGGUGGGUAUCUACAUCAUCGGCCGCCGCCAAUAGCCACGGCGGCGGCGGCGGCGGCGGCCUCGGCGGCAAUGGGAGAAAAGGGCAGACAUUGCGACUGUCGGAACCUGUCGGAUCUACUGGAUCCCAAGAACGUUAACCAAAAGGGCUAUACUGAGUAUAGCGUCAUGCAGGUAUGCAGCAGCCUAAUCAGGGAUGACCUCCAGGGGCUGGUGCGGGCGGUAGAGGGGCUGGUCGGGGUCGUAGACUUCAGCUUCCGGAUCGACGAGAUGAAUGACGCUGGUUCCGGGACUGGCAGCGCAAAGAAGGCCGUUGACGGAAGCAGCACGGGAUCGGAUCCAUUAGCGAGCGACGCCAGCGAUGAGGCCGACAGCCUGAGGCAGCGCCGGACUUAUACGAACACGUUGACGCGGGAGGGUACCGGAGGUCCGAGGGCGCCCUAG